AAUGAGUGCUUAAGUGUUAUUUCGGGUGAAAUGUUCUACAGAAUUUAGUUAAAUGGUCAGCAUCGUUGGAAACAAUCAAUAAUUAGGGAAUUGGAAUCCUUAAUAAGGAUUUAAAUUAAUAACUAAUAAUGAAAUGUAUCCCAUUUGGUUUAGUGAUUUUGCUUUAGAAGUUGAACUUAGUAUCUAUAUUUGUUUAUCUAGAUUAACUUGUUGAAUUCAAACUAAUUAUUACAGAUGGAUAAAAUUCUUUUUGGGAAUGUGGCGAAAAUAGACGUCUUUAGAUAUAAGGAUAGAAAUUAGUAGUUGUUUUGACUUACAACAUCCCAUCCCUCUAUAUUUAUAAUAUUAAAAGAAUUUUUUCAGACACUGAUCUCUCUACAAUUACGAUAGGUAAUUUAAAUUAAAUAAUAAUUAGGAAGAACAAGAAAGGUCUCUAUAUAACUAAAAGACAAGUUGUAUGAUUCAGAUGAUGACUCAGUAAUUUAUUUUUUCAUUCUUUUAGGAUUCAGAAUAAGAAAGCGAUGUUAAUUCCUUAUUUUAAGAUGAAAUCGUUUCAUGUAAUUCAAAUGAAAACAUUACAAAUUCUCCAAAUUCUUCUCAUUUCGAGCCAAUCUUUUAGUUCGCCUCUGAAUUGGGAACUGGUGAAAAUUGA